AUGGAUGCUUACACGCCGACCCUGGUGGCUCUUUUAAUUAUUCUAGCUGUUGUAUUUCUUCGCCAGAAAAAACCCAGCAGCCCUCCACUGUUGAUUAUUACGCAAGUUGAAGGUGAGAAAUCGAAUACUGUUGGUGAUGAACUCGUCACUUUCCGCGCCAGAUUUCUACAGAUCUACUCUCUCGCCAUUGCUGCGGAUUGGUUACAGGGAUCUUUUACCUACAGCCUUUAUAAAAAUACCCACCAGGUCACCGAGACGACAAUCGCAUCGCUUUUCAUCACGGGUUUUCUCAGUGCAGGAAUUGGGGCAUUCUUCGCUGGCACCUUUGCUGACAGGUUCGGUCAAAAACGAGCCUGUUUGUCCUAUUGCUUCUUAUACGCAGUGUCUUGUCUGCUGAUAAUGUCUCCAAAUCUAAAACCACUCUUCAUUGGGAGGGUUUUGAGCGGUCUUGGCACAACCAUUCUAUUUACGGCCUUUGAGGCUUGGAUGAUUGCCGAAUGCAAUAGGCUCGGGUUUGGGGACGAUGAUGGGAUAUUGAACUCCAUUUUUGGGACCAUGUCGGUUCUCAAUGGCUUCAUUGCCAUCACCUGUGGACUGGUUUCUCAGCUUCUCGUGAAACUGACUUCUUCUGAGAAGGCACCCUUUAUAGCCAGUAUUAUCUGCCUUGUGCCAGCUUCAUAUCUUAUCUCAACCUCAUGGGUUGAGAAUUAUGGUACAAAGAAUCUUAGUUCACGUGUGCCCUCCGAUGGAACAUUGUCCCGACUAUGGCCGAGAAUCUUUACUGUGACAUACGUGACAACUUUUCUCGAAGGGUCAAUGUACAUCAUGGUGUUUUCCUGGGCAGGGAUUCUCAUCUCGGACGAUAAAACCUCGAAUAACUCAGUCAGCCUCCCGUUCGGUAUCAUCUUCGCAUCAUUUAUGUCUUCAAUGACCCUUGGCUCGUAUAUCUUCAAAAUCGCGACGAAACACGACAACCAUUCACUUCAAGUCUCUUCACAUGCAAUCCAAAUAGCCUUGUCAUUCGCUGCAUCCGGUCUUCUGCUUGCUGUCAUGUUUGAGCGGGCGAUUUUCCGAUUCUGGGCGCUAUGUCUAUUUGAGCUUUCGCUUGGAAUAUACUUCCCAGCAGUUGCGUACGUUAAAGGUAUUUUGGUUCCAGAAGAACACCGGGCAAAGAUUUACGGGGCCAUGAGACUUCCAGUGAAUGCCUUCGUCAUGUUUGUCCUCUCCAAGGUUGAAGACACGGACGAAAGCCGCGAAGACCGGCUUGUAAGGUACGAGGGCAUUGAUAUCUCGUGA